CAGCUCCACACAACUACAGUAUGGUGCUUGUGAAAUGCAUGUGCAAAGGAUAAUGUAGAGAAAAAGAAAAAGGGCUGAGACCAUGAGAGCUUGGACGGAGGAGUUACAUUUUGUUGACAGUUUUGGGCUUUGUGAAAAGGAAUUACAUGUUUUGGACAGACAGAAGUGGGGCAACUGAACAGACAGCAGUAUAAGCAUGUCAUCCAACACCACUGAGUGCGCCACCGACGACCAACUCUGCAUUGUUAAAGAGCAUGAGCUGGAGGUGAUCAUCGUCCCCGUAAUCCUGCUGUUUUUAUUCGUUUUUUUCCUGGUGUGUCUAGUUGUGCAGAGAUAUAUCAAUCACAAGAAAAUCUCACAAAGGACUGUGAUUAGCAACUAUGGUAAAUAUCAAAUAAAUCAGCCACUUAACCAUCAGAACCAUCAUAACAGCCAUCACCACAACAACCACCCUAACCAUCACAACAACAACAACCACCCCAACCAUCACCACGACAACAACCACCCCAACCAUCACCACGACAACAACCACCCCAACCAUCACCACGACAACAACCACCCCAACCAUCACCACGACAACAACCACCCCAACCAUCACCAUGACAACAACCACCUCAACCAUCACCGCGUCAGCAACCAUCACCCCAACCAUCACCGUGACAACAAGCAAACCAACCAAAGACAACAACAGAACCGCAACAGCUCCCCGCGCAGAAGCAACAGGAAUCGGAGUCAUCUACAAGGCAUAGACGCCCCGCCUGGUAUAAACCCUCUUGAACAUGAAGAGGUGCCGAUGACAGUUCAAAACUCUCCACAGACGAACGCUAAGCCUAAUGUGUCUGCGGUACAGCGUAGAGCCACAGAGAGGCAGCACAGAGCCUUCAGUCAGAUCACAGCGCUGCCUCAGAAUUUCUUCAUCAAACCAAACAACUCUGUGUCUCUGUACCGGGCACAGAUGGACCAAAAAGAUGUGGUCCUACGAAUACUCAAAGAUUCGGCGUCAGAGGCAGACAAGCAUCAGUUUGUGGGGUUUGCGUCGUUCCUCUCUGGUCUGGGCCCUCACCCGUUCAUCCCGGCUCUGCUCGGAGUGGUGACGGUGCAGCCUCCUCUCAUGAUGGUCGUAGAGGAGCUACAGCACAGGGACCUGCUCAACUUCCUCUGGAAAUGCAGACAGGAUAAUGCUGAGCCUGGGUGUGAGAUAACUGAGAAAAGGAUCUACACCAUGGCUCGACAAGUGGCUUCUGCUCUGGACUACCUCCACACUCAGCAGUAUAUCCAUGGGAACGUGGCGGCCCGCAGUGUCCUGGUGGGGCGUGAUUUGACGGUGAAGCUGUGGGGUUUGGGCUCGGCGUACCGCAGAAGUGAGAGGGGGGCCUUGGGGAGCGAGGGUGCUGUAGAGGCCAUGGAGCUCCGGAAGUGGGAAGCCCCAGAAGUACUGGCCCGAAACGGCGUCACCAAGAACAGUGAUGUAUGGUCUUUUGGCAUUCUGCUUUAUGAAAUGAUCACAUUAGGAGACGCGCCGUUCCCUGAACUCUUGGCCACAGAACUGCUUCAGUAUCUUCAGAGAGGAAAGUUUAUGAAGAAACCGGUCAACUGCUCCAACGCACUAUAUUCACUCAUAAAAUCAUGCUGCCAGUGGAAUCCCCAACAGCGGAUCUCUGUGCCCGCGCUCAUCCGUAAAUUGGAAUCUGAAGAGCGGACAGCGAACGGGAGCAUAAUCCUGCGGGUCUCCGAGGUCAUGGAUGUGACAAAGUACUUACGAGAGGCGGGCUACGGGGAGGCCUACAAUUAUGCCAUGUUCUGAUUGGCUUUAAAAACUGUCAAUCAAGAUGAAGGCAAGUUGAUGUAUUCCAAUUGGUUUAAAGACUGUCAAUCAAACUCUCUAGGCGGGAUACUGUGUUCUGAUUGGUUCAAAGGACUCUUCAAUCAAAUGCUGCCUUGAAAUGACACAACUUUGGAAGGAUUUUACACAAAAAACUUGAAGAAAUUAUUAUUUUUAUGAAGUGUUUGCUACUGGAACUUAUGUAUUUUGUAUUCUAAAUUAAUAUAUGUUUUGUAAAUAAUAAUAUCCCAAUUUAAUGCACUUUAUGAGGAAAACAAGUGAGUGUGCAGUGUACAAUAUUACAAUAAGAUUUUAUUAUCUACUCAGGGACUGACAUUAACAACAUGAACCAACCUCAAAAAUUUUGAUAAUUUUAAGUUUGCUCUGGGUGUAUUAAAAUUCCAUAAUAAACCAUAAAUUCUCCACUUUGGUCUAUUGGAUUGCAUAGGUGCUUACCGUUAAUUUUGUAGAAACUAUGGACUGCACAAUUCAUUUUCAUUUGAAUAAUAAAAUCUCAUUCAAGUAUUAAUGUUUUUUUAUUAUUAUAUAUGUAAUUCUCAUUAUUCUGCAAUUGGCAACAAGGUUUAAUUUGGGUUAGAAAUCACUGUUGUUAGAUCCCUGGUCUGUGUAGCCUAUAUAGUCGAUAAAUAGACUACACAGACCAAUUUUUUUUGGCUCUCAGGUGUUCUGCUAAAUUAGCCCAAAUGACUUUAGUCAGUACUUUUUACUGCAAAUUCAGGUAUUGAUAUUACUAUAUUAUUUUAUUGCAUACAGACCUUAACAAGCGCAAUCAGAGAUAGCAACCUGGUCCCCCAUGAGGCAUCGGUGGGGCCAGUUUAUCACCAUGGAAGCCAUUACAUGAUGGUUAUAUCCACAAUGCAAUGUGUCUAGCUGUACAGUGCCCAUUUCUGUGAUAUUGGUCACAUAUGAGAAUGUCUGUGUUUACUAGCGUGUAACGAUAUAUGUGAUGUUAUGUUAUGUUAGUUGUGUGACUGUAGAUCAGUGUGUUGUGUAUCACCAGAAAAAGAAGAAAUAGAAAUUAUUUUCUUUCCAAUUAGAAUUUUAAUGGCAUACACUGAAAGAGAAGGGAACUGUUAUAAUUAGUGAUUAUCUCAAAAACUAUUCAUAUUUUACUAUACAAAUGCACAGAAUUAUAAAUAUAUAAUAAUUUAUCUGAGAUUUUGAGAUACUCCCGUUGUCUAACUCGAUCCUUCGUGGAGUUAUGACCAAAGAUGCAUAUUUGACCUUGGUUACCUUGACCUUCAAAUGACCUUGACCGGUUUCAACCUGUAACAUCCAGUGUACUCUGGUUACGUGUGUGUCAACUUAUGUGAUGAUUGGGUGAAUAUUUUAGCUUGCAGAUGGUUCAGAAAUUGUCGAAAUUGCCUAUCCUUUACAAUGGCGUGACCUUUCAAUUGACCCAUGUGACCUCAAAUGACCUCGAAUAGUCACCAAACUUUUUUGCGGCAUCGAGCACGAGGGCUGGACCCACGUACCAAAUUUCGGUCCAUAAAAGCCGGAAUUAUCGUGGAUAAUAUUGUGGACACAGACACACACACACACACACAGACACACACACACACACACACACACAGACACACACAUAGACACACGGUGAAUACAAAACCUGGUCAAACCUUCGGGGACCAGGUAAUUAGGCCUGGAGUUAGUGUUCCUGAUGCUAAUUCUUUGUAAAGGUAUCUACCUCACAGUCUUGCUAUAUUGAGUGUAAGAGAAUUUAAGUAAUUUAUCUUCCAUGUACAUCUCAGUUUAACAUUGACACACCAAAGCUAUAUUUACACCAGGAUCUUCCCUUGGCAUACCAUUGUCAUACCACUAUCUAAACUGUGGCAUAUUUCUGUCUAACAAGUGUCUACUGGCCUUCACAGUCUCACCACUUACUUUAUAAACCUCCUCCUCCGGAAGCAUAGUGAAGGGGCUUGAACACGCAAAGAUCACACUAUGUUCUCUUUUGAAAUCAUACUAUGUUGACUUUUCACGUCACCCCAGGCCCAUAUUAUUGAUGGUAAAUAAACUUCUCCUAAUUAAGACAUUCA